AUGUUAUCAAUGUAUUUAAAACUUCGUAUUGUUACAACUAUUGAAGGAUUUAUUGGGACUAUAUUAAAUUUAUUAACAUUAUUUAUUGUAUUUAAAACACAAUUUGGUUCAAAAUCUACAACUUUAAUGUUAAGAUUACAGACAAUAUUUGAUUGUACUGCAUGCUUUUUAUACGCAAUGUAUUCAGCAACAGAAAAUGAAAAUUUACUAAAUAAUAAAAAUCCAACUGAUAUUUCAUUUAUCAAUGAAUUAUUAUGUUAUUUAUGGUCAUAUAAUAUUGCAUUUUGGUCUGGUGUUAUAUUAAGUGUUCAGAAUAUUGUAUGUAUUUCAAUUGAUCGAUUCAUAGCAGUUCUAUUCCCAAUUAUUUAUAAAACACAUCAAUUAUUAUUAAUUAUAAUAUUUAUUACUUAUCAAUUAGGCAUGAUAGGAUUAUUAUUUACACCAAUAAUAUUUUUUAGACGUUUCGAUAAUGAUACAUGUAUUUAUGUACCUGGACCAAAUGGUAUUGAUUCAUCAACAUACAUUGCUUUUCGUGGAUAUACAUGGUUAUCAUUUCAGUAUAUAAUUCCAGUAUUGAUUAUUACAAUUAGUCAUCUUUCAAUUAUAAUAAAAUUAAAAAUGAGACAAUAUCAAUCUAAAACUCUUAGACCGAUUGAAGUUUCAUUACGGAAUAAAGGAUGUGAAUUGAAUGAACAAAAAAAGUUGAUUAAAUUAGUCCUUAUAACAGCAAUAAUGUCUGGUCAACAAGCUACAUUACAUUUAUAUGAAUCUAUACGUUAUUUUUUGACUAUGUUAAAUAUUGUAAUUUUUGGUUAUGGUACUAUUGGACAACAAAUGGGUCCAUUUUUAAUAGUAUUAAGUAGUUGUAUUAAUCCAUGUAUCAUUAUUGGAACAACAGUAUCAGUACGUAGACGGUUUUCACAUUAUCUGCAUGAAAUUUGGAUAAAAAUUAGACGGGGUUAA